AUGAAACGUCACCGCCGCCCUACCAUCUUCGUCACCCUUCAUAUUCCCUCUCUUCCACUUCGGUUUUCAUCAAACACAACCCUUUAUCUUCUCCCUUUUCCAUUUCCAAAUCCUCAAACCCUCAACUCUGAAGAUCUCAUUUGCAGAUAUGAAAAUCCUAACCUUGUCCUUCGUAGCCGCCACCCUUCAUCGCAGAUCUGGAACGUCGUUAUCGCCGGAAGUGGAACCUCUAGAUCUCCGUUAGCUGGCGAGGAGGUGGCGUUUCGACGCAGAUCUGGAACAUCAUUAUUUGUCUCUCACACACCAACGAAUGAAGAUCACUAG